UCCUGAGGGCUAUUCCGGCUCUUUUCACUGAGUCAGAUCAUUUGGUUCAGCUCAAUAAGAGUCAACUCUUUUGGCUCCCAAACGGAUCAUUGAUAUUUUUUUUCUAAACGGGAGAAGGUUUGCAAUAUUUUGAACAAUGUUUGUACUUUUUUGUCUAACUAUAGCUAAAAUUAUUUCAUGAAAUCGUACUCUACCUUCCUAUUAAGAAAAUAACAUUAAUAGCAAGCAACACUGUAUUUAUCCUGGACAAAGAGCUCAGAUGUUGGAAAGAGGUUUCCUUGGACGAAUUAUGACGAAACUACGCAGCAACAGCAACGGCAUUUCCUAAACACACACACACACACACACACACACACUAUUAACAAAGGGCUAAAAGCUCAUACACGCGAGUCGGCUCUUAACGUUCAUCUAAAAGAACCGACUCAAAGAGCCGACUCUUUCGCGCACGAUACAUCAUUAAUUCACAUCAUUAAUUCACAUAAUCUGCCGAGGAAACGGGCAUAAAGCAAAUCCAUGAUUACUUGGGAUAGUUGGGAAAUAAUUCACGAUACCCAGAUUAAUAGUUUUGUCAUUAUUACAUGCGUAAAUGCGUUUUUAUAGCAUGUACGCAGCAUCAGACAGACAAGAAAUGUUCAUAUUCAAAAACAGAACAAAACAAUUAGUUGAUAUUGCAUGAAGCGUUUUGAGAAAAUACAAAACAUGUAAGAUUGCAGUAAGAGUGUUUGAACGCGACACCACUCGGAAACAGGCGAACACGACGAGCACUUGAAGGCAGCCCGCCUGUGACGUCACCCGUGUGGUCCGUUGAAACGUGUUGGCGGAAAUUUUUGAAAACAGCGAAGGCGAAAGUGGACACAAAUCUAAGCCAACAUGAGCCGAAGACCAAGCAGCAGAUAUUCCGAGAUGCCGAUGCGUGUGACUGACGGCAGGAUGAGUAUGGUGAAUGCCACACCACAGAGCAACAAUGUAUUUGGCAAGCUGAACAUCCCAAAGCCUCAGUCUAGCACAUCAGAGAGGAGAACCAGCUUUUUUGGAAAAGGAGCUGGUACAGGUGCAGGUGGGCAGAGAAACAGCAUGUUUGGGACUUAUGGAGGUCCGGAGAAGAUGAAGGACCCCCGACCUCUUCAUGACAAAGCCUUUGUUCAGCAGUGUAUCAAGCAGCUUUGUGAGUUCCUUGGGGAUAAUGGAUUCCCGGCUACAAUCACAGUCAAAUCUCUGCAGUCACCUUCCACUAAAGAGUUCCUGAAGAUCUUUGAGUUUAUCUACAGUUUGUUGGACCCUACCUUUCAGAUGCCCACAGCUAAGGUUGAAGAGGAAAUCCCUAGGAUGUUGAGAGAUUUGGGGUACCCAUUUCCACUAUCAAAAAGCUCCAUGUACUCCAUUGGGGCUCCUCAUACGUGGCCUCAGGCUCUGGGAGCGCUCAUCUGGCUCAUUGACACAGUUAGAAGCUUUAACAGUAUGAAAGGUCAGGAUGUGCUGUUUGGGGACUUUUCAGAUGGCUUCACUGAGCUGGAGGAUGGAAUGGAGUACAAUAAGCUCUUUUUAGAAUACUGCUCUAAGACCUACAAUAAGUUCAUGCAAGGGGCAGAUACCUUUGAGGAUGAAGAUGCAGACUACCUCAGUCAUCUGAAGAGGCUGUAUAAUGUCGAUGAGGCUCUACUGGAGUCACAACAGGAGAAACACAGACUGUUGAUGUCUGAGGUGGAAAGACUAGAGAAAGAGAGCCAUACUGAUCGGUUGAUGGGACAGAGGACUGAGAAACUGAAGUUACAGACGGACCUACAGAAGCUACAGAGCUACCGUAGUCACAUGGAGUCUUUUAAAUCCCACCAGGAGAAUAAGGCUACAGCACUGUCUGAGGAGCUGGAGGCAGCAAACCUUCAACUAGAGAGUCUGAAGAGAGAACAGGCUAGGCUGCAGCACAUUCUGGAGAAUCAGAAGUUCACUCCAGCCGAUAUUGAGCGCAUCAACAGAGAGAGGAACGAGCUACAGCAGAACGUGAACACCCUGAGCCGUAGUCUUGAGGAGGCCCAGCAGCUGGCCUGGAAUGAGGAGAUCACCCUGGCCAAAACCAAGGAGAGGGCUGAGGUAAAGUUGGCGGAGUACCACAAACUGGCACGCAUGCUAAAGCUCAUCCCCCAGUCUGCUGAGAACGCCUGUGGCCAUGACUUUGAGAUCAAAACAGUCAGUGACUAUGGCCCAACCACUGCCACCCAGAUCAGGACUCAGAUACAGAAUCCUCUUAAAAGCAUGCUGGUGGAUGUAGAGGAGGAGUUCAGCAAUGUGACCAAUAUGAAGCUGAGCCUGGAUGAGACAGUGGAACAGAUAAAGUCCAACAUUUCUGAGAAGUUAAAUGACAUAAAACAACUAAAGGAGCAGAUUCGCAGACUGGAUGAGCAGCUGGAGCGUGAUGUGCAGGAUAUGGCUCAUGAAGAGGAAAAGUGGGCAGCGGAUGUGGAUUCUGCUGAAAGUCACAAGAAGCUUCUAGAAAAGAAAGUCAUGGAUGGACAUGAGGAGGCUGUAGAGCAGCUGAAAGCAGCCCAACAACAGUACCAUCUUGUUCUUCAGGAAACCAAAGAAGAAAGCCGGAUGGUGGCAAACAAUCUGACACAUGUCUUCAGUGCUGCAGUCAACCACUUGGAUAUAGUCGAGAAACACUGUAACGACCAAGUUAAAAAGAUGGACAAGAUGAACGAAAUUAUCCGUGAAGACCAAGCAGAUCUGCAGCAGCUGAAGGAAAUGGUUGAAAACUUUGUUGCUAGAGCAAAUAGCUUUUAAUGACUGAAUGGGAAACCGGAUUGUAAAUAGUUUUGUACUAAUAGUUUUUGUGUAACUGUUAAAGAAAAGUUUUGUAUGUUGGCUUUGGAAAACAUGCAGUGUACUUAAAUUUUUUUAUAUAUUAUGUCCUCUGUCAGAAAAAAUAAACAUGAUGUUCUUCAUCUAAAUAUUAUAACGUUAA